UGACAAUGACAUAUGACAUGAUUAUAACAUAACCUAACAUAACAUUCUGCUAUUUCUUACCUGCCAAACAAAUUUGUAUUAAAUAUUUUAAUAAAAGACUUCCUCCAUGAACAUACUCGAGUAAUGGAACGCUGAUUAAUUUAUUAAGAUAGCUACUUUUAGUGUAGUUUUUGUAGUGACUUAUUUUGUGUGUGAAUAGCUACUUUUAGUGUAGUUUUUGUAUAUAGUGACUUAUUUUGUGGGUGCAUUUAAAUAGAUUUAAAAUGGACAAAUUAAGUGACUAUGCUAAAGGGUUAGCAAAGACUUCUUUAGAAGGGGCCAUAUCGUAUAGUGACAAAAUUAAGGGACUGAACCUUGAUCCCUAUACCUUAACUGAUGCAGAUUUAGACUUUGAAGUUGAGGCUAUCCCACCCAUUUCAAAUAUGGAUAUUGUCAUCUAUUUGGUUUUAACCAAUAGCUAUUAUACAGAAAAGCAGAUGAAGGCCUAUAAAAGUUUAACUCCUUACAAAUAUUUUGAAGCUGGCUUUGUUGAAAAAGUUGGAGUGAAGCAAGUAAAUGGAUAUAUGCUGUUAGUGGGUAAAGUACAGCCUCCGGUACAGCAUUCUAUGCAUGGAAGAGAACCUGAACUUCAUGUUUGGAUUAUUACUGAGAGGGAUGGUGGAAUUUGUACAGCUCAUUGUACAUGUAUGACUAAACUUGGUGAAGUCUGUAACCAUAUAGCAGCAGUUUUAUAUGCAGUAGAACAUGUGACAAAUUUGAAAAAUUCAACUUCAUGUAUUACUGAUAUAAAAUCUACCUGGCCAGUUCCUUUCCAAAGUGGUUUGCAACCAGUACCCAUUCGAUUGAUGGAUUGGGGACCGAAAAAAAGUCCUUCAAUUAAAGUUGAUGUAAAACCCAUGACAAAUGAUGAAAUGUGUUCAUUAUUAAGAAAAAUUCAAGACUGUGGGUACGAAUCUGCUUUAAUGAGAAUUGUUGAGCCAUUUGCAAGUGAAAUUGCCAAUUCUUCAAAAAAGACAAACAAUUUACAAUAAAUUUCGUAGAAAUACAAUAAAAAUUUCUUAUUUUUGUUUAUGUUAUAUAAAAAAAUAUUCUUGCAAUCUCAAAUAUUAAUGGUUCAAUAAAAAAGUUAAUUACACUUAGAUGAAACAACUGUAUGUGCCAUGCAGGGGUUUUACUUUUUUUAAUGCUGUAUCUAGGGUUUCCGAGGUCAAUAUUACAAUUAUUGUGAGCAUGGUUGGCCAAUAUAUAGUAUGGUUUUUAUUGCUAAUAUAAAUAUAUUCAAUAUUUAAAUAUCCCAUGCAUUUUUUUGGCAGUUCUGUAGCUCUACGUCAUUUAUGCACCAGCCGCCACAGCAUAUAUGUCAAAACUAUUGAUUGGAAUUAGAAUAAAUUAUAAGCAACUGCUCCAUAAGUUAAACUUUCACAUGUGUCACUUAAAAUUUAUUUACAUACAGAAAACGAUAUUUCAACAUCAACGGACGUCACGGGGUCAGGUCAUAUAUCAAGUUGCUUAGUUUUUCAAAGAUGACACAUUUAUGUUUUCUUAAGCAAAAUCUACUUUUUAAAAGAUACACAAGUCUACAGACAGUAGGAAAACCAGCAUUAUUAGUUGAAACCAUUUCCAAUUUAGUCCUUAUACAAUCAGUAAUGGUUCCUGACAAUUGGAAAAUGAUAUGGUGGAGAUCACCAAUAAAUUCCAAUUCCGGAAACUCGUUUAUCCACCGAUCUGCUGUCGAACGAGAUGCAUUUUUCUGUGACAUUUUCACAAUAUUUGAAAAAAUAUAAUGUGUCACUUGAAUUCUGAGUUUUAUAAACAAAAUUAAACCAGAAACAUAAACUGAUCCCCUUUUGUGUUUGACAAACCAUGACAUCAGUAACAGGAGGUGUGGAUACAUAUUUAACACUUUAUCGAAGAAGUAGAUUAGAAAAAUUAUAAUCUAGGGUUUACUAUUUAGUAUCUGCUGAUGUUGGGUCAACUUUGGUUUAGCUGAAAUCUGUUAGAUCGCAACUGUUUCAUUAUCAAUUAUACACAGAGCAAUUAUAGAAUUCUGACAUCAAAAUAUGAGUAUGAAGAUUGCCCAAAUGAACUUGGUAAAAUGUUGGUGGUUCACCAUUUACAAGGUGGUAAAUUUUAAAUAUUUUAUGGUAAUAAUGAUAAAGGGUGUAACAAUAAAUCAAC